AUCUUGGAGGCCGGUUGGGUAUCCUAUCGAGGAGCGCAGGGUUUCUUGAGGGGCGGGCUUUGUACCGGAUCUCCCUGCGGGGGUGGUACCGGCGCGGGAGUGGGGGGGCAGCCUUUGGGGCGCUCGAGGGGAGUCGUCGUCCGCCGCCAUCCGCGCAGAGCCGCGCCCGCCUCGUCCCGACCCUCGACCACCAUGUCGGACUUCGACAGCAACCCCUUCGCCGACCCGGACCUCAACAACCCUUUCAAGGAUCCUUCAGUUACACAAGUGACAAGAAAUAUUCCUCCAGGAUUAGAUGAGUACAAUCCUUUCUCAGAUUCCAGAACACCUCCACCAGGAACUGUAAAAAUUCCCAAUGUGCCCAGUACACAGCCAGCUAUAAUGAAACCAACGGAGGAACCACCCGCUUAUACUCAAAUUGCAAAGGAACAUGCUUUGGCCCAAGCUGAACUACUUAAGCGUCAGGAAGAAUUAGAAAGAAAAGCGGCUGAACUAGAUCGCAGGGAAAGAGAGAUGCAGAGUCUCAGCCAGCAGGGAGGAAGAAAAAAUAAUUGGCCUCCGCUACCAGGAAAUUUCCCAGUUGGUCCCUGUUUUUACCAAGAUUUCUCCGUAGACAUCCCAGUAGAGUUCCAGAAGACUGUAAAGAUUAUGUAUUAUUUGUGGAUGUUCCAUGCAGUGACACUGUUUCUUAACAUUUUUGGAUGUCUGGCCUGGUUUUGCCUUGACCCAAAGCGGGGAGUUGACUUUGGACUGAGUAUUCUCUGGUUCUUGCUUUUUACUCCUUGCUCAUUUGUCUGCUGGUACAGGCCACUUUAUGGAGCUUUCAGGAGUGACAGUUCUUUCAGAUUUUUUGUUUUCUUCUUUGUGUACAUUUGUCAGUUUGCUGUACAUGUACUUCAGGCAGCAGGAUUCCAGGGAUGGGGCAACUGUGGAUGGAUUUCAUCUCUUACUGGACUUAACUCUAAUAUCCCAGUGGGCAUCAUAAUGAUAAUCAUAGCAGCACUUUUCACAGCAUCUGCAGUAAUCUCACUAGUUAUGUUUAAAAAGGUUCAUGGUUUGUACCGCACAACUGGAGCAAGUUUUGAGAAGGCCCAACAAGAAUUUGCAACAGGUGUGAUGUCCAACAAAACUGUACAAACUGCUGCAGCCAAUGCUGCCUCCACAGCAGCGACUACUGCAGCUCAAAAUGCUUUCAAGGGUAACCAAAUAUAGAGAGGGAAAAUAUGAAAAUCACUACAGCUCUCUGGCUGUGUUUUAUUUUCCAGUCACUUAUAUUUCCUAAAGACUUGUGUUAAAAAUGCACAUGCAUGUAUGUCUCUUCAGCUGUGCAUGAGCUAAAACAAGAAAAAAAAAUCUUUGUUUCAUUCCUUUAUACACAUAUUUAUUCAGAAGUAUCUCUGGCUACUACUCCAACUUAAAAUGGUUCUAAGUAUAUUUUUCUCCAUAUUUUUGGUGAGAAAAUUCAGGUGUAGAUCUAAAAUUGAUAUGACAGCUUCUGGGGUGAACUUUAAUGGAUUUAGGCGCUUUCUGGUCAAAAGCUCUCUCUAGAACUUUUCAUUUUGACUUGAGAAAAGCACUUUGGAUUAAUGUGUUUUGUUCCUAGCACUUGCUUCCUGAUUUUCUUAUUUAAGAAACAGGGCAGCUGACAGUUUUGAAUUUUGGCUGCUGCUUUGUUGCUUCAGCAGCUGAUGAAGGGUAAAUGUAAGCUUAAAAUAAGUAUGAUAGGUAAUGUAAAUUCUUUUUUAGGAUAAUAGAUCUUUUGAUAAAAUUAUGAGUUUGCAUGAAAGUUUUGACCAUGCUGAGUUAGUGUUUUGGUUCAGAAUUUGUCUCUACCAUAAUGGUUAUAGUAUGUGUUGGGAAUUUGUUUUUUUCAUGGUGUAAGGUGUUCUGUUUCAGAAAUCUUGGAAUAAAAUUAUUGCCAUAAAAAAGGUAUACAAGAUGCAUUGAAGAGAAGAUUAUUAUGUCUAGUUAAAUCCAGGUGGUUCUGUUUGCUAUUAUUCAUUUCAGUAUUUAUGAUUUGAGAAAUCAAACUGCUGAACAGAACUUUUCAACCAAUACUUUGAACACUCGGCUAGCUAGUUAUUUUUGACCUUUGUUAAAAAUGCAGUGGAAUUUUUGUUGUGCUUCAGGAUUCUUUCUGACCAUUAAAAGUGUGCACUUGUGUUUACAAUGGUACUGAAUUUUAGCCUUGUCAAGUCACUCACUUUAUUGUUCAUUUAAACAUCCAAAAACAAAAUACUGUAAUUUUUAACCACAAUCUUAGUCUCUAAUUAGGCUUUUCAAACUGACAUUUAAUUAUGUACAUUAAAUCUUUUAACAUGCUUCAGCCUUCAUGUGACAUUUAAUCUGAAUAAAUGCAUUUUAUAAAAUGCAAUUUGCUGCUAAAUUUUAUAGUAUUGACCCAUAUAAGUUACACAGUAGUUUCUAAUUUUAAUUCCUCUUCAAUCAACUCUGAAUCUUUCCUUUUAGCACAAGGUGACGUUUGUUCCAUCUGACAUUCUAAAGUAUAUGAAUUUUUAGACGGCACUGCAGAACAUACUUUGCAUUAAUUUUUCAAGUUGUAUACCGUUUCUGUCAUUAAAGGCUUCUAAUUAUAAUAAAUUGGAUAGAACUAUUUCAACAUAGGACCUAAUAAUAUAUCUUGAUCCCGCAUUUACUUAGAAAAUGAUAAUUCAGCAUGUUUUAACACUUGGAUUUGGGGUGUACUUGCAUAUCUUGAAUUACAAACAUUACCUUAUAGGAGUAAACAAUUAAGAAAAAUGUGACAGCUUAAUCACAGCAGUGAACGUUAGAAAAUAAUGUAAGAAUUUUAUUUUAUGGUGUGUUUUCCGUUUAUAAAGUAAGGAAAAGCAUGACCAUGGAUGUAGUAUUUAUUCUUUGAUCAGUACAACAGAUUAAUUAUUUUUCACAUUUUUAUUUACAUUUGUUUCAACCCUUGAUCCUGCAUCAAUAGCUUUAGAGCAUUUUUUUGUUAAUUCCCUAAAUUGUGUUGAGGGGAAAGCUGUAUUUACAUUUUUUAAAAAAAAAGAAAAUGGUUUUUGAAUAAAAUUUUCUUCCUCAGGGGAUAAAGCAGACUGAAACUUGAAAUAGACAAAUGCAGGGCUCAUCUGCAAUUGUAUUCUAGAUGUUUUGACCCAGUAAACAAUCGGUAAAAUGAAAUGUUGACUAUCAUGUCUAUUAAACUCGUAGAAAACAAUAUUUAAACAGACUGAAAGUAUAUAUCAGUGCUAGGUCAAAAGCAGCGGAGUUAAUCUUAAUGUAGUCCUCAACAUUUGAUUGUUCAUUUUGGAAGAAGGCUGUUGUAUGUUAAAUGUUUUAACACGUUAAUGAUAUUAAAGAACGUCAGUAAGGAAAUAUAUGCCCAUUAUUUAAGUCAUUUUAUAGAUUGCAACUUUGGUUCAAAAUGCAGAGAGUCAACACUUGGAAGUCAGUAGUCUGCGAUCUAUAAUUUUGACACUAGAGUUGUUUAUCUGAGGGCUAUCUGUAUAUUUUGUAAAUUAACAAUGCUUUGUCAUUCUGGUGAAUGUCAUGGUUCUGUACAAAUGCACACAGAUCCUCCGAUGUUGCAUGUCUGAGUAGUUCAAAGGUUCUGCAUAUUUAUUGUAUUAAUUCAGUGACAUAAAAUGUUCUCUGAUUAUUUGCUCUGUAUAGUUUUAAAAGAUAGUUUUUUUUAAAAAAAAAGACAAGAUAAAAUGGAAAUACACAUUUGUCCCAGUCCAGCUGUAGUCCUAUGUAGUUACACAUAAGGAGAAUAUGGACCAUUGAAUGAUAAUACAGUGCAGACAGAUGUCCGAAGUUGGAUCUUUAUUCAAACACAAGUGUCAUUUGUUUGCAUUGCAUAACUUCAGACUGAUGUGCAAAUCUGUGUACAUCGCCCAUCCACAUUCUGCCCUAAUAGUCACAUGUGACUAUGCACGAAGGAACACGGUUCAAAGAGGUAUGUGUAUUUUUUGUUUUGUAAUCUGUAUAUAAAUUUGUAAUCUUCUGCAGUGGGGAAAAAUUGUCAGCUACCAGAACAACUUACUAAUACAGUUUAGAACUAAGGUGGGUUUUACAAAAUCACCCAGUAAUAGAUACAGUGUUUGACUCUGUGGUAUAAAUUGGAAACUUUAAAAAGAGAGUGAUUUGUUGGUACUCAUGAUAUCUGCAAGUAUUUACAUUUGUUCAGAAAUUUGUUAGAAGUAAAGUGCUCUGAAAACAA